AUGACUACGGCGAAGGGUGUCCUGCAGGAGCUGGACGCCCUGCGGGCCAUCCUUGCAAAGCCCAUUGUGUUCACGGAGGGCUCCCCGAUUCACGCUCCGUUGCUUGGUGACGAUCGGCUCGGACGCGCAAUCGAGGCGGCGGAGGAGGAGGUCGACGCUGCGGCCAGCCGGACGCAUGAGGUGCAGCGCAGCAUGUUGCGGCGCAAGGAGCAGGAGGUGUACGAGCUGCAGCGACUCGUGGCUGCCAAAGAGCACACCAUUGAGUCGAUGCGCGAUCAGGCAGUGGCGCUGCGCCAGGGCUAUGAGCAGAAGCUGGCCGCAGCGGAGAGCAGCGCGUGCCGCAGCGAGUCUGAGGUGGGUAAGCUGCGCGCUGAAGUUCUGGCGCUGCGUGCAGAAAGGGACGAGCUGGAGAGACGCCUGAGUGACAGCGACGCAGCAGCAAGCCGGUUGGAGUCCGAAGCGGCGGCGCAGGCACAGGCGCUGGGCGCGAGCCUGCAAGCACAGGGGCGCGAGUUGGCGCAGGCGCAGUCGGCGGCUCAGCGAGAGCGACGUGACAAGGAGCUGGUCCAGCUCGAGGUGCAGGAGCUGAAGCGGGAGCUGGACGCGGCCGACGCGGAAGGCAGGGCGGCGCGCGCGCAAGCGGCCAGCACGGCGGGCCAGUGCCAUGCAGAGUCCGAGGCUCGGAGAGAUCUCGAGGUCGCGCUGGACGAGGCGCGCGCUCAGAUGGCUUUUCUCAAGGAGGCCAAGGAGCUUGAGGUGGGGGAGCUGCGGCGGCGGCUGCGCGCAGAGCGAGGCGUGCGCAAGGCGUGCGAGCGCUGGCUCAGGGCCGAGCUGCGCUCGCGGGAGGAGAUGGAGGCGCUGCUGCUGGCCGUGCGCGACACCGCGUUUGGGCGGCCGCCCCGGCGGGACGACGAGGUGUGA